UCACUGGAUGAGAACAGUUGUCAAAUUGAAAUGCUCUGCAGGGGCCAGGAAUAGCGUGGCUAUUCAGCUUCUCACAGCAGCAGCCAGGGCAGUCUGUCUGGCCUCUGACAUAAGGGCAGGCUGUUGGCUAUGGAUUACUCAUUCAUGGUGACUAGCCACACUCCAGCUCCAAGUAGCCUGCCUUUUAAAUCUUAAAAGAGACUUACAGGCAGAAGCAGGAAGAAGGGUACCAAGAGUUGAAAAUAGCUUGUGGAUAAACGGAAAGUUUGGGUAAGUCACAGAACAAUUUCAUUGGAAAUGAUCUAGCUGGAUUUCAGUAUGGCUGGACAGGGUGUAUUCCUAGCAUAAUCUUCUGUGCUUAAUUGAGACUAUUGAUGAUUAAUUGUCAGAUAAAAUUGAGAAUUCCUUCCUGCUUAAACUGUACACCUCUGUCUGCUCCUUAGGAGGGGAAAAGUUGUUGCAGGUUUGGGGUGAGGGUCAUAUAGUCUCAUAUUACUCUACGUGCUGCUUCAUGUGUGAAUGGAAGCUAAAGAACUGUGGUGCUUCCUACUGGAUAAUUUAUGUCCUUGCCAAUGUUCCCUUUUGUACUAAAAUGAGUUUUAAUAUCCAAGGCUAUUUAUGAACUACAAACAAGUGCAUCCAUGGCUGCUGUUAGCUACACAGUGACUGCUGGUAUCUAACCCUGUCCUCUGAAAAGUGCUUUGGGAGCACUGGAGUGUGAAAAGUGCUAUUCAAACCAAAUUCUGAUCUCAUUUGCUGUGCUCUUCUCACACAGCAGUGCUGCCCCACCUCAUCCUACUAGUAAGGGUUGUCUUGGUUGAGUGGGUGGGGAAGAGGAGAGCCCCAAAGAAAAAUAAUGGGUAUUGCAGUGUGUGCCAAACUGAAACCAUCAAAUGUUUGAUCCUGGGCUGAAUAAGCAGAGCACUUCAAGCUCUCAUGAGGAUGCUGUAAGUCAGAUCAGAGCCAUCUGGGGGUCAACUGCAAGGGUGUUGACAGAAGUGGGGCCGGAUUUCCAGUUAAGCACAGUAGGCACGUGCCUAGGGGCGCAGGUGUUCUAGGCCAACUUACCUCUCUAAAACUGUGUGCAAGACGAAGGUCAGCUGUGGGUGGGGGGUGCUGAAGAUGCUGUGCCUAGGAGCACAUAAGGUGUAAAUCCGGCCCUGGACAGAAGUGCUGUGGGAUAACCUUAUAAUAAAAACACUAGCACUGUGGUUCUUUGUAUACUUCCAAUAAAAACACUUGUUUUAAAUAUAAAUGGGAAACACAACCUUAUAGAAACACUUGUCCCUUUACCAAGGGCAUAAUAAUACUUAGUACAUAUUUAUAUAUCACUCAGAAAUGUGCCAUGCGGCUUACAGAAUAAAAGUUGUAACAGUCCCUGCUCCGAAAAGCUUGAAGUCUAACUUGAGACAGGAGGCUCCAAAUGCAGUUAACAAGGAAUAGGGAAAGAAAAUGUUUAUCGUAAUAAGAUCACACAUUUAUAUAGAGCCUUGCAGACACCCCUAUAAAGUAUGUGCACUGGACACCAUUAAAAAUUGAAUGUUUGCAGCACUGUGUGUACCUUUUCACUAAGGGGUUUUCUGGGUUUUUUUCAGUCUGUGUACAGUAAAUGCCACAUACUAUAGUGUAUUUAACCACUUGUAGAUGGUAAAUAGCCAUAAACAGCACCAACUGUGUAAGUAUUCCCCCCCCCCCCCCCCCCCCCGCGCUAUACAGAUGGGGAAAUUGAGUCAGAAGUUAAGUAACUUGCUCGAGGCCUAAGAGUGCAUAAUUGUCUGUCAGGGUUACAACCAAAUUCAUGGUACUUAGUCUUGUUCAGACCACACCACAUGAUGAUCACCGGCAUAAAAUAAAUUUAUCAUGGGAUAUUCAGUCACUCGAGUGAUCUUAUUUUGGUGCUUUUAACAGUACUAUAUUAAUCUCCCAAGUAGGAGUCUGUUCUCAAAUAGCAGUGGACCUUGACUCCAAUGUCUGUGCGUGAACCAGUAUUUGAGAAUUGAUGCUUAUGCAAGAACCAAAUUCCUGUGUGGGGUCUUCUUCCAGGUGCUGAUUUUGCUUAUUAUUUACAGGUAAUCUAGUGACUGCCACCUAUAACACUUGUAACAACGUGGGUCCUUGUUAAAUUGUUGUGUGCACUAGAGUGCCUGGUCUGGUACCAAACAUGGAGGAGUCUAGGACCUUCCUCUGAGCAGUGUGGAAUGUAAAUAGAGAUCCCUUCAGCAGACAUCCGAGCACAAAGCAACAGGUGACCAGAAGGGGGGUUCAUCACACAGAGUCGCAGGAGGCUUUUAAAAAUAAGCAGAGUUACUUUGGGUGGCAGACUACCCCCGACAGUGACCCCCGGGGAAGUCUCCACCCUCAGCACUUGCUUUCCACAAUAUUCCACAUUUCUUCCCCUCUCUGAGCAGCCAGUGGAGUGUUCAGUUUUUCCAUCGACUGGUGUAGAAAGUGCUUUGAAGACUCACUGGUUGCAAUUUCUGACCAGUUCUGUCCAGGAGACUGUGCCCAGGUUAUGACGACUAAUCCCAAACCGAACAAGGCAUUAAAGGUAAAGGAGGAGUCGGGAGAGAACGCCCCAGUGCUGAGUGACGAUGAACUCGUGUCAAUGUCCGUCCGGGAGCUGAACCAGCACCUGAGGGGUCUCACGAAAGAAGAGGUCAUCCGCCUGAAGCAGCGGAGGCGCACGCUCAAGAACCGGGGCUAUGCUGCCAGCUGCCGCAUCAAGCGUGUGACACAGAAGGAGGAGCUGGAGAGGCAGCGGGUUGAGCUGCAGCAAGAGGUGGAGAAGCUGGCCCGAGAAAACAGCAGCAUGAAGCUAGAGCUGGACGCCCUGCGCUCCAAGUACGAGGCGUUGCAGACCUUUGCUCGUACCGUUGCACGGGGGCCUAUUACCCCGACCAAAGUCGCCACCACUAGUGUCAUCACCAUUGUGAAAUCAGCUGAAAUCUCAUCCAGUUCUGUGCCAUUUUCAGCAGCAUCCUAGUGCCCUAGAUAGGGGAACUAGCAGCCUUUCGGAGGGAUGGGGAAAGGGCUCUUAUGCACCGUUCCAGAGUCCUUGGUCACUUCAAGAAUUGGCAUUUUAACAAUUCCUUCUCUUUCAAAAGUGCAAAAAAAAGAAAAAAAUCUACAAAGGGAAUGUAACUGGCUGCUCCUCUGUGAACUUAGUGGUUCCAGGAAACUCUUGUGGCUGGGAUUUGAGCUCUGUACCUAGUUUGAGCUUUCUCUUCCUCCUCCCCCUGCCUCCCCAACCCUCUUUAAGCUGUGGGCAGCUUCUCAAUUGGGAGAAGAUACUGGAGGAGCCUUCGUCGUCUUCGUGAAUGAUGUUCAAGAGCCAGCUAACAGAUGGACUGUCGAAAUCAUGUGAGAUGAAUGUAUAGAGAAGAGUUUCCUUCAGUGGCAUCCAGCUCCUAUUAAGAAGUUGCCUCACCCCACCACCACCUUCAUCUGUCAUAGCAGUGGCAGAGAAAUAAACUCUGAAGCAGAGUGCAUUCCGCCAUGCACUGCGGGGAGGAGAGGAGGGUUGGUUAUACAGAGGAGUAAUGUGUUUGGGUCAGACCACACCAGUUAGGAAAAACCUUCCUGUCUUCAGCCCAUACUGGUUACCAGUUUACAUGUUUUAAUGCACCCCAUACCUGUGUGGCCUAUAAAGCUAAAUUGCAGCCUCCCUUAUACAAAGCCAAGUCUACCAAGAGCUCCUUCCCCAAGAUGUGCCUGUGAAUUGGGUAUAUUUAUGCAGUUUAUUUCUUCCAGAUGAUCCACAGGUUUGUAAUAGUGGUUUAUUCAGGGUUCCUUGAAGCUCAAGGGAGGAAGGCACAGUAAAAUUUAAGAAGGGAGGUAUGUUGAGAGGCAUAGAGAGAAAUAUUAGAAGUAUUGCUGGACUGAGGCAGAGUAGGUUGCUGUGUGGGGAAGUUGUUCUUCUGGAAAUCAGCCCCGUGGAAAGGUGUUUCCGUAGAGCAUGCUAGAAAGAUGUGUUAAAAGCACUGAAGUAAUGAGAGGGCCAAUAGCACAUGUGUAAGAAGAUCAAAGCCAGCAGAGACUCCUGGAUGACCGAGGUAGUGGUGGUUAAAGCCUUUGCCUGUUAGAACAGUGACCAUCCCAACCUCAGGGGCCAUGUACACUAGUCUUUGCCAACAAGAGAUGGGGUAUGGGAUGCUGGGUGGAAGCUGAAAAGAAGAAAGAUUCUUAACCCGAUCUCAGUCAUUAAAGCUGGGUUCCAAAGAGUAGAAAAACCUACAGUGUUUUGUGUUGGGAGGGUUGAGAGAACCUGUCUGAAGACAACCCUGAAACUCAACAUUUCUUGGGGGUGUGAAUUAUCUCAGGAGAUGCAUGGAGGGCAGGAUUGGAAUCAGUGGCUUUUGGGGAAUAGUAAAAUUGGGGUCGAGAAGUAGGGCUUAUGGUUCUGAAGGAUUGUUGGGAAGAGGUAACCAUGGAUCAGCAGUGGGCAGAAAAGAGGAAGCCAAAGGGAGAAGAGUCCACUCUUCUUUAACAGGACUGAAAAGACAUUCUAAGUUUCCAGGUCAGAGUGUAAAUAGCUAUGUUCAUGUUUGUGUGUUUGAAGUAGGAAAGAAAAGGGAUUGCCUGGUGUUCCAGAGUAGGUCAAAGAUUUGUGGGCUGUCAGAUGCCUGUUCUAAAGCAGAUGAGAAGAGGUUGAGACUCCUGAAGUUUAAGGUGACUGGAGGAGAUGGCUGAUGUUCAUAUUCAGAAGAGUUUGGUAGACUCGUGUUCCAGAGUAAGAUACAAAGGAGAAGAUGGAGAAAAAUGAUUGGUGUUCUAGUUUAACUGAAAAGGAUAAAGGAAGAUGCUCGUAUCAUUGAAGAGGACAGAAAAUUAGCAUCCUAGACCAGUGUAGGAUACUGUUUGUGAAGUCAUCUUGCUUCUUGAAUAGCAAGAAGAAUGCACAAGUUUAGUGAAGCUCUGUCUUUCUUCUAAAGACACACACAAGUUGUUGUUGGCUCACUUUUAUCCAGUUACUGGGAAUCUCUGGGUUUCCCAAGAAGGUACUUAAGUCAAGUAGUUGGAGAGGCAGAACCUGGUUCUCAUUCAGUCCUAAACAUCUACACUGAUGACUUUACUGAGCCAUAGAAUGUGUAAGAGUAAUGCUUCCUUGAUGGCUUUUACCCCACCAGAUUAAUCUCUUCCUGGAGGAGGCAAACAGGAAGUUACCAACAAAUAUAGUUUGGAUGGUAUUUAGCUCCUCCACUUCCUUACCAUCUCCUAACAGGCAGAUUGAUGUCCUGAUACCAGUUAUUGGCUCCCCCAGCAGAAGCUGAGUAAGAGAAGAGAAGACCCUUUUCAUGUUCUGUAACUCAAAAGUAUUUGGAAAUCUUCCCAGAUCUUUAAGGUGCCACCAUUAAUACAGGCAACGUUUAGAUUCCUAGCACUGUUGGGAUUUGAAAAAACAGAAAAAUAUCCGGUGGACUUGGAAAUGACUGAAUGUUCCCCAUUUCUAGAAUAGCUCCAUGAAAGUCUUGACAUUCCUGAACAGAUAAGACCACCACCCCACCACCACCCGGGGCGUCCUUCACUGCACCAAGGAAAUGAGAUCGAGACAGGAGUGUAAUGGGGAAUUUAUACGUAAUUCUGUGGGGUUCUCUUGCUGUUGGAAUGAGAUGAGGACUAGAUCUGAGUUCUUUACUAGUACUUCCAUUGUGGCUGAGCAUUUUCCAGUUCUCAGAAGUGUGCCAAAGGCUUGUCCAAGUGAUUGCUGAUUUAGUGCUAGUAGGCGCGUAGUCUCUGAUCACUCAAUCAAGAAUGAGACCUGGGUGUUAUUAAAGCUGAUACCAUAACCAUGGUAGGUAAUCCAUAUUGGAUAUCCAUAAGGACCACGUGGAAAUAUUUAAAAAGAGAAAUAUAUAUAUAUAUAAAUAUAUUAUAUACAUUUUAUCAUACAGAUUUUUCGUAAUUUUUUUUUCCAAGUUUGAUACUGUAAAUCUUUACUAAAAGAAAUUGCCAGUCCAGGGCUCCUUGGGUGGUGAUUUGGGGGGAAAGGAGGCGUGCUGGCUAACUUCAACAGGUGGGUCAGAAUUGCAAGGUAACCUAGAGGGAGUAACAAUCUGAAAGCUGCUCACCACGUUGGAGAGACAACUCCCUCUCCCUUCUUCCUCUGGGGUUUGUUUCUGUUCCGUCCUGCACUUGCAAGUCUGAUGCCCAGGGCAAAAGCCACAUGAGGGGAAUUGGGCCAAUGCUUGCAGAAUCAGUAGGAGAGCCCUGUUAAAAAGGAGUGCUUAUUUCUCUUCAACCCUCCUUCCACUCCCUGCUUGUCUCUCCUUACUGCAGUAACUAGGGCUCCUUUCUUGCCCCUCUCUUAUCUUGUCACACCACGACUAGAGGGAAGCAACGAGCCUUAAUUUCAUGAGGAUUAGGCUCCACUUCUGAACCCCAGACCCAGAAUUUUCCUCCGAUACCCACCCUGUGCAUAGGAACCACAGUAUGAAGGUGGGGACAUUAGAAGCAGCCAGCGGUAUGUCCCCAACCCACAGUUGGGGCGUUGUGGGAUGUUUACAUUGGGCAAUAACAGGUCCUUCUUAUCAGGGGCUUCUCUGUGCUCCUGUACGUGCAUUUGUUGUGCUCCUGACUGGGAAUAGUUUCCCACUAGAGAAGCUUCAGAGCCCUUUGAAGCAAGUUAGCAUCUCUGCUCUUGCCCAGCUAUAUCUUCUGCCUGAGGAAACAACAUUUAACGAGCAAAGGGGUUGUGCGUUUUGUAAUGCCACAUCUUUCUGGGACAGGCGAGGGAAGGCAGCAGGCAAAAUGAAUAAUGGCUGGGAGGGGCGAGGGAGUGGCAAGGUUUAUGUAUUGCUGGGUUAGUGGGACAUUCAAGCUACAGUGCGACUCAAAGCCUGAGGAGGAGGCAUUUUUUUCUCUCUCAGAUCAUUUAAACUUUGUCAUGAUUGUUUUCAUUUAAAGAAAAAAAACUUUUGUAAUGUGGGUUUGUUUUCCUUUGUCAUCUGUACUUCAGUCUGCUGGGGUGUUUCUGUAGAUGGUGGAUCUUUUGCUUUCUUUUUUUUUAAAUGGUAGAUCUUCUGUUUAAGUUUUUUAUCACCAACUCAUUCUAUCCUCUGUGGUUAUUCAGUAAUUUCAUUUCAAUAUUUAUUUUGCUGCUUUUUUUUAUUAUAAAAUAAAUUAUUGAUAUACCAAGUAAUGUGGAUUCCUGUUUGUAAGGCGUGUAGCCCUGUGUAUGUGUCCACCACGGUCUCUUGACAGCCACAACGUAAUUUAUUGCUGUAAAUUUAGCUGCAGUGACUGGUUUUUUGUACCUUUCCAAUAAAGCAUUUUCUGGUUUCAGAGUUG